CGUACAUGGUAAAAGAGAUUUCGCAAUCCUCUCCUCUCCAUGUUCCAAACAAAAACACACAAGAGCUCACACAGACAGGAUUUAACUUCAACUUUCUACGAUUACUUUUGAAACUUUUGACGGAUGGUUAACCCCACCACCACCCCGUGAAGGCGAGACGAAGAAUCCAAAACCUGCUUCCUGUAACCAAUUCAUCUCUACAACUGAGGAGACUCAGAGAUCAGUACUUGCAGGCAGCAAAUCCAAAUGAGCCGGCUGUCGCAGGCGAAAUUAAACACAGCUGACCACAUCAGCGUGAGCGUCAUCCAGAGUCAGGCCCACACCUCAGCUCCCUCCUCGUCCCUGACGGCAACCGUAGCCGGACUACAGCAGGUCCCUCAACUCAUUCCAGCAAACCCUUCAGCAGGAGGUGGAAAGGCCCUCCCACCCAGCAAGAUGAAGAAGCCCUCUGCAGACAAAGACAGCGACGAGUACCGCCAGCGGCGUGAACGCAACAACCUUGCGGUGAAGAAGAGCCGCAUGCGCAGCAAGCAGAAGGCGAUGGACACGCAGCAGCGCGUCAACGAGCUCAAAGAGGAGAACGAGCGGCUAGAGGCCAAGAUCAAACUGCUGAGCAAAGAGCUGAGCGUGCUCAAAGACCUCUUCCUGGAGCACGCCCACAAUCUGGCCGACAACGUCCAGCCGCCCACAGGUGCUGAUGGCACAAGCCCCGCCCCAAACAAUUCCUCCACCAAUGGGCAGUGAGGGGAGGGGCCACAGAAACAUUAGAUUACUGGAGCUGGCUGCAGCUUUUCUGAAGAUUUCUGUCAGUAUGAAAGUUGGAGCCGCAUCUUCUCCGCUGCUUUUUUUUCGGCUUACUACUUAUUUUCUCGUAUUUAAUCUCCCCGCCUUCUUGACAAAACGUUCCACGAUCCUCCUGGAAACUUGUUGUCCACCUUUCUGGGGAAAAUUCUAUAAAUGCAUUUUUAUGACCUUUACAAAAUGUGAGUUAGAUUUUCAUCAAAAAGUCUUUUUUUUAAGUAGUUAAAGUUUGUAUCAGAUAGGAGGUUAUUUUUCAGAUUCAGACCAGGAGAAAUACACAGAACAGACUGAUCACGGGAGAAAUCAAACGGAUUGAACAUGUUAUUGAUCGACUUAUUGGAGGAAUGUGAGGAGAUCCUACAAACUGAGACGUUGUACAAUGAGGACUAACUCACUCUGGCGUCUGUGGGAACCAAAACAUACCUCAGCCCGUUUCCUCUUCCUGUUGGCUCCUUUAAAAAAUCAGACAGGCUGGAUGUUUGACUUUCUUGUUGCACCGCUGCGUUGGCAGGAUGAAGAUGUUAACUAUUGAAAUUCCCUGUUUUUAGGAUGUGUAUUUUCUUCUGUUGUUCUACAAAGAGUUUUUAUCAUUACACGUCGAUGUUUCGAGGACAGUUGUGGUCGUCAGAGUUUGGGCCGUCUUUCAAUUUAUCGUAAGACUCGGUAUCAAACACAUUUUAAAUUUGCAGAACUUAAUUUUUCAAUCACCAGAGAGGGUGAAACUCUGACAUCCAGCCUGUUCCUCAGAAAACACAGAAUUGUCCUGUGCAGAAUGAUUAGUGUUUGAGUCGAGUAUUUUUAAUGUCCGAGUCGGUCUGUUAAGGUGGAAGUUUUAUUUCACAGGCCGGGUCACUGGGUCAGGUUUGAGGCUGAUGUAUCUGACCACAGUUACAGCUCUGCACUGUAUGAACAGCGGCAGCCCCCAAGAGUUAAUAACAUAAAGCAGUUAUUACUGGUUAAAUUAAUCAGGUGUGACUGCUGUUAUUGGUGAUGAAUAGUGAAUCUUUACGAAGAUUUAAAACUAAAAGAAACCGCCACUGAUUGAUCUACUGAUUGUAAAAAUAUGUAAAGCUAGAUUAAUCGGACAUAAGCUUCAGAUCUGACUCCUUAAAGUUAUUUAUAGAAAAUAAAAGAUGAACAACAGCUCAGGUUUUGGGAGAAAAGCUCACCACAAACUUGAGAAAAGAUCCAAGUUUUGUGUUUAAAAAAGAAAAAGUCAACUUGUGGCGGUGCAUGUCAGUCCAGACAGGUGUAGAUGUUUGUGGUCUGACUCUGACACCUCAUGUUGUCAGACACUUAAAGCGAGCUGCAGCUUCAAUUAAAUCCAGUUUUGAUCGUUUAGCGGCCUCUAAUGAGUUCGGAGCAGAUCUGGACAGGCACCCUCACCACAGCCCUCGCCUCUAAAGCGUGCCUCAAAGAGGGGCGUGGCCACUGCCUUUGUUGUUGUCAGACUUCAUAAUUAUGUGAGCUUUGUGUAGGCGUGGAGUGUUUGUCUGCGAGGAGCUUCACCUCCCUGCAGGAAUGCCGUCUGUCUGAGAUUUGCUGCUCCGAAGCCGCUCAGCCGUUCCCACAACGUUCCUAUAAGAUUUCCAAUCAGGCACUCGCAACUGUGUUCAAGCUCUGAUCAUGUUGCAACCAUUUUAAACGUCUCGUUGUGAUCGGAUAUAUGGACUUAGUGUUUAUGUUGCAACAUUCAUCCAUAAAUCCAGCAAGUGCACAGUGACCUUUUUAUAAAUCAGAAAACAGCAUAAAGAGCGAAUUGUGGGGAGAAAACAUGAGGGUGAUGUUCUGAACAUGGUCUCUGAAUACUACAGUACCCAUGAGCCUUAGCUGCAGGUGCUGAAACAAUAAAGUAGUUACCCUGCAUUCACAGAUCUUAAGUUUGGAAGAGCUUUAAGUCCACAAUUUUAACAUGUAUACUGUAAGAAAAUAAUCACAAUCACUCAGGACUAAUCUUAGCCACCUUACAGAGACAGCAGCUCCAACCUUAGGAAAAAUCAAAGUCCUAAAACACAUCGAGCUUAAGUUAAUGAAAACUUUCUUAACAGCAUCCCAACAUUGUUUGGCAACCAUGUCCAGGUCGUUUUCCAAACUUUUCUCCGACUCCUGAAGUUCUUGUUGUUAUGACUUUUAGAAACUUCAGGUUAAUUCUUCACAUUUUUACAGACACUACGUGAACGCAGGGUGACUGACUGCCUCAGAAAAUGUUUCAGAAUCUGAUAAUAAGUUAACAUAAACUUCUGAGUGGUUGCUUGUUAUUAAAAAUGUGUCACCGUUGUUUAUACUUGGUGCUGUUGGUUUAAAGUCCAUAAUCUCCACCUGUCAGUCAAAACAAGAAGAACCUCCUCCACAAGUUAAAUUAAGGCAUGUUUCUCUGCAGUUUUCCAAUCAAGACGUUUCUCUAAAUGGAACUGAAAAAGAAUCGGUUCACAAGUUGUAAAGUUUUGACUGAUAUUGUUGAAUAUAUAUAUUAUAUAUUCUGAAAGUGAUUCUCACAGCGACAUCAAAAUGGGUUUAAAUAAAUCAAUAAUUCAUGGCACACUGAAAACGACUUUUCAGCAUGCUGGGCGAACCUGAGGCUGUUUUAUUCUCACAAUAAAGUGACCGUAAAGUCAUCCUGUGUGCCAUGGAUUACUGAUUUCUGUUUCAUAUGUUCAUGCACCUGAGAUCUUAGGUUGGCUGUGCACAGAGCGCCCUGAUGGUCAUGAAGAUCAGGGGUGAAAAUAUACUUCACAGAUGAUGUCAUCAGUUGAUUUAAAGUUGUUGGAAACCUUUAGUCGGGACGUUGUGGGGACGGUUAAAGCUGCACUGAGCACAGCCUGCACCUUUUUUCACUUUUCUAUUGUUGUUUUUUUUUCUACACUUGUAUUCCAAAAAGCAGCAUGUUUAUAGAGACGUCUUUGCAUGAUAGAGGGGAGGGGAGGGGGGGGCACUGUGUGCGUCUGCUAAACGUUAACUACACUCAGAGAAAAAGAAUCGUUGUGUUUGUGGAGUGAAUCAGAUUGUCGUCGUGUUGGGAUGUGUGUCAUGUUCUGCUUUGGUCUGAAUGUUGCUGGGCAGCAUUUCUCUGUCGUCACUCUCGGCUUUUUUUUUAUAUCAGAGGAAUCUGGGCUAACGUGCAUUCUAAAUUAAAAUUGAGUACAAAAGUUAA